AUUUCAUUUAUGAAAGUAUCCAACCAAACUUUCUUGUUUUUUCUUUGAUAUAUUGUAUAAGAUGUUACGCCAUUUGCAUUCUUUCAGUUUCACAAAGUAAUGAGAUGAAGGUUUCUGAAGCUCUCUUAGAUUAGAUCAGUGUCUUCUCUUGUAACUUACUUCAUUCUUCAGACCUUGCUGUGUAUUAUUUCAAAAAGAAGGUGAAUCUGAUCUUUGCUUUCUCUGAGAACUUUCAAAUGGAGAAGAAAGGACAGCAGCAUAGUACACAUGAUUCCUUUCUGACUCAUCACCCUGUUCUCUCUAUCAUUGCUUUGUCUGUAAUAUUCAUAGCCAUCGACCCUUUCCACAUGAGUCCUAUUGGAGGUCGUGAGUUCAAGCCUGUGAAGCAUGAGGUUGCACCAUACAAGCAAGUCAUGGAGAACUGGCCAAGAGACAACCUUAGUCAACUGGGUCAACAUGGGAAGCUGGAGUUUGUGGACCAAGUCUUUGGCCCAGAGUCGUUAGAGUUUGAUGGUUUAGGCCGUGGUCCAUACACAGGGUUGGCUGAUGGAAGGGUGGUUAGAUGGAUGGGUGAAGCAACCGGAUGGGAGACAUUCUCCGUUGUAACAUCAAAAUGGUCAGAGGAGGCAUGCGCAAGAGGUGUGGAUUCAACAACAAACAAGCAGUGGAAGCACGAAAAGCUGUGUGGGAGACCUCUUGGUCUGAGAUUUGAUAAAGAGACAGGGAACUUGUACAUUGCAGACGCUUACUAUGGUCUGCUAGUGGUUGGUCCUGAAGGAGGAGUUGCUACGCCUUUAGCUACUCAUGUGGAAGGAAAGCCUAUACUCUUUGCCAACGAUCUUGACAUCCAUAGAAAUGGUUCCAUCUUCUUCACUGACACAAGCAAAAGAUAUGAUAGAGCGAAUCAUUUCUUCAUAUUGCUUGAAGGAGAAUCAACAGGAAGGCUUCUAAGAUAUGACCCACCUACCAAAACAACACACAUUGUGCUGGAAGGUUUGGCUUUUCCUAAUGGCAUUCAGCUCUCUAAAGACCAAUCUUUCCUUCUCUUCACCGAAACAACCAAUUGCAGGUUAGUGAAAUAUUGGCUGGAGGGUGCAAAGACUGGUGAAGUGGAGGUGGUGGCAGAUCUACCAGGGUUUCCGGACAAUGUUAGAAUGAACGAGAAGGGUGAGUUUUGGGUUGCAAUAGACUGUUGUAGAACACGGCCACAAGAGGUUCUUACAAACAACCCUUGGAUAAAGAGCAUCUACUUUAGACUGCCCAUACCCAUGAAGCUGCUGGCCAAAGCGAUGGGGAUGAAGAUGUACACUGUGAUAUCAAGAUUCGAUGCGGAUGGUGAGGUGUUGGAGGUUCUUGAGGAUAGACAAGGAAAGGUGAUGAAGCUUGUGAGUGAAGUGAGGGAGGUUCAAGGGAAGCUUUGGAUUGGAACAGUGGCUCAUAACCAUAUUGCCUCUGUGCCUUAUCCUUUGACAAUGAAUUAGUGAACAACUUUGUUGUGUAGUUCUUUAGCUUGUGGAAUUGCCUCUGUGCCUUAUCCUUUAAAAAUGAAUUAGUGAACAACUUUUUUGUGUAGUUCUUAGCUUGUGGAAGUGAUAUCGUCUUAAUUAGCAUCCAUGAUGAUAAUUAUAUAACAAGUGAUGGUUUGGA